AUGGCAGGCACCGGCGAGCUCCCCAUUGAGCCUCACAAGACGUUCGACACCAUCCUGGUGUUGGACUUCGGCUCUCAGUACUCGCACCUGAUCACCCGCCGCCUGCGCGAGUUCAAUGUCUACUCGGAGAUGCUCCCGUGCACCCAGAAGAUCGCGGAUCUUAGCUGGAAGCCCAAGGGUGUCAUCCUCUCCGGCUCGCCCUACUCGGUCUACGAGGAUGGCUCGCCGCACGCCGACCCGGCUGUCUUCGAGCUGGGCGUGCCCGUUCUGGGCAUCUGCUACGGUCUCCAGGAGAUGGCCUGGUACCACGACAAGCAGGGCGUCUCCGCUGGCGACAAGAAGGAGUACGGCCAUGCCUACCUGAAGGUCGAGAAGCACCCCGGCAAGGCGGCCCACAUCGACAAGCUCUUCGAGGGCCUCGAGAAGGACCUCGAGGUCUGGAUGUCCCACGGCGACAAGCUCUCCAAGCUCCCCGACGGUUUCGAGAUCCUCGCCACGACCGACAACGCUCCCUUCGCGGGCAUUGCCCACGGCGCGAAGCAAUACUUCGGCAUUCAGUUCCACCCGGAGGUGACUCAUACCCCGCGCGGCAAGGAGCUCCUGAAGAACUUUGCGGUGAACAUCUGUGGAGCCACCCAGAACUGGACCAUGGCCAAGUUCGUUGACCAGGAGAUUGCUCGCAUUCGCGCCCUCGUCGGCGAGAAGGGCCAGGUCAUCGGUGCCGUUAGCGGCGGUGUUGACUCGACCGUUGCCGCCAAGCUUAUGCAGGAGGCCAUUGGCGAUCGCUUCCACGCCGUCCUGGUCGACAAUGGUGUGCUUAGGCUCAACGAGGCCGCCACCGUCAAGGAGACGCUCAGCAAGCACCUUGGCGUCAACCUGACUGUCGUCGAUGCUAGCGAGCGCUUCCUCGGCAGGCUCAAGGGCAUCACCGACGACCCCGAGAAGAAGCGCAAGGUCAUUGGCAACACUUUCAUUGAGGUGUUCCAGGAGGAGGCUAAGAGGAUCGCCGAGGAGGCUGCUCACACGCCCAAGGCCGGCGAGAUUGAGUGGCUCCUGCAGGGCACUCUCUACCCCGAUGUAAUUGAGAGUAUCUCCUUCAAGGGUCCUAGCGCGACCAUCAAGACGCACCACAACGUCGGUGGUCUGCUGGAGGGCAUGCACCUCAAGCUGAUCGAGCCCCUUCGCGAGCUCUUCAAGGACGAGGUGCGCGAGCUUGGAACUCAGUUGGGCAUCCCGGAGGAGCUUGUCUGGCGUCACCCCUUCCCUGGCCCCGGUAUCGCUAUCCGCAUUCUGGGCGAGGUCACUCCUGAGCAGGUCAAGAUCGCUCGUCACGCCGACCACAUUUUCAUUGAGGAGAUCAAGAAGGCCGGUCUUUACAGGCAGAUCUCGCAGGCGUUCGCUGCGCUGCUGCCGUGCAAGGCCGUUGGUGUGAUGGGUGACAAGCGUGUGCACGCGCAGGUCAUUGCUCUGCGCGCGGUUGAGACGACGGACUUCAUGACGGCUGACUGGUUCCCCUUCGACGGCCAGUUCUUGAAGCGCGUCAGCAGGAGGAUUGUGAACGAGGUCGACGGCGUGUGCCGUGUGGUGUAUGACAUUACGAGCAAGCCUCCGGGCACGAUUGAGAUGGAGUAA